ACGCUUUCCGCUUUCUCAGAUUUUCUUUGCUCCUUCAACCGAACUUCACGAUACUUUCCUUCUGAUCACGGCCACUUCGUCUCCUCUCUCUCUUCCCCACCGCUCUUCGCCCGUCCUUCCUUCCCUUCUCCACGGCCAGUUCAGUUCUCGGUUGCUUUCUUCCAUGGAGGCUCUGACGUUCGCUCUCGCGCUUCCAUGUGAACCAUCAUCCAUUUGCUCUGAGAAAGCCGGACUCUCCAGUCCGGGAGCUGGUCGACGGCUGUGUCUUGUUUCUAUGCGCCGAUGGAUGACUAAAGGAGCCAGCUCGCUGGCGCUCAGAAGAUCGGUGACAGCCAAUGGUGGAACGGAUCAUGAGUAUGACGUGAUCGGUGACCCGCAGUCGCAGGGAAGUUUCUCUGCGGUUGAAGACGAGAAGAAGAAGAAGAAGAUGAGCGGCGGGGAGAAUGGUUUGGUGAUGGACGCUGAGAGGGACAGCUCCGGCUCUAUAGUCGGCUAUCAGCUGGUUUCACCUCCUCAAACUGGUGUAGAUGGCAAUGGAGUUGUUAGCCCUCCAGAAGAUCUGCAUACUGUUGAGGCAGAGGAGGCUGAGGAGGUUGGUCCCAAAGAAAUGGAAACCAGAGUAACUUAUAAUGUCGUGUUUGUCACAUCUGAAGCAGCUCCUUAUUCCAAGACAGGGGGCUUAGGGGAUGUUUGUGGAUCAUUGCCCAUUGCACUAGCUGCUCGAGGGCAUCGGGUUAUGGUUGUCUCCCCGAGAUAUCUUAAUGGGACCUCCACAGAUGAAAAUUGUGCUGGAGCUGUUGAUUUGAAGUGUCCCACAAAGGUUUAUUGCUUUGGAGGUAUUCAAGAAGUUGGCUUCUUCCAUGAAUACCGGAAAGGUGUCGAUUGGGUAUUUGUCAAUCACCCCUCCUAUCACCGUCCUGGAAAUCCAUAUGGAGAUGUCCAUGGUGCUUUUGGUGAUAAUCAGUUUCGGUUCACUUUACUUUGCCAUGCAGCGUGUGAAGCCCCUUUGGUACUCCCACUGGGAGGGUUCACAUAUGGAGAAAAUUGCCUCUUUCUAGUCAAUGACUGGCAUGCAAGUCUUGUGCCAAUAAUCUUGGCAGCCAAGUAUCGACCAUAUGGAGUCUACAAGGAUUCCCGGUGCAUUCUGGUGAUACAUAACCUAGCACAUCAGGGAGUUGAAGCUGCGGCAACAUAUAAGAAUUUGGGACUGCCCUCAGAAUGGUAUGGUGCAGUUGGAUGGAUUUUCCCAACAUGGGCAAGAACACAUGCUCUUGAUACCGGUGAAGCAGUCAAUCUUUUAAAGGGGGCAAUUGUGACAGCUGAUCGAAUACUUACAGUGAGCCAGGGUUAUUCAUGGGAAAUAACUACCAGUGAAGGGGGUUAUGGUCUGCAUGAACUAUUGAGCAGUCGGAAGUUUGUUCUCAACGGAAUCACCAAUGGCAUUGAUGUGAAAGAAUGGAACCCUUCUACAGAUGAGCAUAUUUGUUCCCAUUACUCGUCCACUGACCUUUCUGGAAAGGUGCUAUGCAAGACUGCUCUACAGAAGGAACUCGGUCUUCCAAUCAAACCAGAUUGUCCAUUGAUUGGGUUUAUCGGGAGAUUGGACUAUCAGAAAGGGAUUGACAUAAUCCGCUCAGCAACUCCAGAGCUCAUGGAAGACGAUAUUCAAUUCGUUAUGCUUGGGUCCGGGGAUCACCAAUAUGAGAAUUGGAUGAGAUUAGCAGAGUCAACUUAUAGAGAGAAAUUUCGUGGCUGGGUUGGAUUUAAUGUUCCAAUUUCUCAUAGAAUAACUGCAGGCUGCGACAUCUUGUUGAUGCCAUCACGGUUUGAACCCUGUGGGCUGAACCAGUUGUAUGCGAUGAGAUAUGGAACCAUUCCUGUAGUUCAUGCGACGGGAGGACUCAGAGACACUGUACAGAACUUUAAGCCGUAUGCUCAAGAAGGAAAAAGCGAGGGUACCGGGUGGACAUUUUCUCCACUUACGAAGGAGAGUAUGCUAUCGGCACUACGGACUGCUAUUAGGACGUACAGGGGGCACAAGGCUUCAUGGGAGGGACUCAUGAAGAGAGGCAUGGAGAAGGACUUCACGUGGGAGAACGCCGCAAUUCAGUACGAGCAAGUCUUCCACUGGGCUUUCCUCGAUCCGCCUUAUGUUAAAUGAGGCAAUAAUGAGACGAUAGUUAGAACAAGAAAGCAAACAAAGAAACGAAAUCAAAAAGUACUGCGUUCCCGGUAGAUUUCGGAGAUAAAUUAUGCGGGAGACGGCCUUUCACCUAUCCAAUUGCUUGGCAGUUCUUGUGCCAUAGUGUUUUGUUUCUUUUGAAUUUCUUGCAUUUACGCCCAUUCCGGGCUUGCUUAUUUAUGAUAUAUGAUAUGAUUGACCUUCUCAGCCGUGAGUUUUCUUUCCUUCGUGAUAUAUGUAAUGUAAUUCACAACGAUUUUGUUCUUGGAGCAGAAGUUUCUGUGUUACACUCGUCUAAAGAAUCGAAUUUCUUUCCUAAUCAAAUGACGGUCACUUUGGUUUCA